GUAUUCAAUUUGAACCAGUGUCAGUGGUAAUUUUGGGACGAUAGUAUUGUUUUGGUGGUAAUUGUUUUAUUAGAAGCUAACCGUCAAAUAGACGGAAUGAUCGGAAAAUUUAUAUUCCUAGCUCUCCUGGCUCUAGCCCAGGGGAUGCCGUGGGAUGAUAUUAUAUCAGAGAAUGCAGACGUAGAAGCAAUCAGUGAUGAGGAGACUCUUAUCUCAGAUAGACUUGUGCCCGACGAGCGAUGUCCUGAGGACCAAUCUCAUUUCCUCAUCCCUCACGAUUAUGACUGUACCAAGUUCUACUACUGCGAGUACGGUCUAAGAUGGAUACAGCCAAGAGACUGUGCUUUGGGCACUGAAUUUUCUGCAGAGAUACAAGUGUGUAUCCAUCCGGUGUUGGCGAAUUGUACACUGCCAGGAUCACCUACUCCUCCACCAGAGACAACCCCAUCUACCACAACUACCACGCCAACUACAACAACCACAACUACAUCCGCUCCAACUACUACAACCACAACACCGGCUCCGACCACAACUACUACAACUACAACAACACUAGCACCGACAACAACAACAACUACAACAACACCAGCACCGACAACAACAACAACAACUACAACAACACCAGCACCGACAACAACACCAGAACCGACAACAACACCAGAACCGACAACAACAACCACAACUACAACAACACCAGAACCGACAACAACAACCACAACUACAACAACACCAGAACCGACAACAACAACAACAACUACAACAACACCAGCACCGACAACAACACCAGAACCGACGACAACAACAACCACAACAACGCCAGCACCUACUACAUCUACAACAACUUCUACGACCACAACAACUCCCGCACCCACAACAACCUCUACUACAACAACUCAAGCACCUACAACCACAACAUUAGCACCAACAACUCCACCAUCGUGCGGUAGUAAUGAAACACUACCUAAUGGUUGUCCUGCAGACUUCAGUAUUCACAAAUUAUUGCCACAUGAAACAAACUGCUCACAAUUCUACUAUUGCGUUCGAGGGGAAUUGGAACUGAGGCAGUGCUCCGCUGGACUACACUUCAAUCCAGUAUUAGAGGUUUGUGACUAUCCAGAAAACGCUGGCUGCGAAAGUAACGGUGGAGGUGGUAACAGUAACAACGAUAAAUGCAAAGAUGGCUGCAACGUAUUACCUUGGCCACAUGAAACCGAUUGCGACAAAUUCUGGAGAUGUGACGGCGAAAAAGCAACCGUAGUCGUAUGCUCUGAAGGUCUACAUUUCAAUGCAGACACACAGACUUGUGACUUCAUUUGCUACGCAAACUGUGAAAGGAAAGAGAUUCAGGCGACAUCACACAGCGCUGGUUUGAAACUGUUCAUUCCUUGGCAUAGAGUAGAUCAUAAUUGGGUGGGACAAUACAUAGACGAACUCAAUUCUGAAGUAAUAAAUAACGCAGUGCAUCGAAGAUCUCUUACAGAAUCGACUGGAGGGAAAUUGCAUCGCAAAAGGCGUCAAUUAGACGCAAUGAUUGGUGGAAUAUUUCUAUUGGCCCUAUUGGCGUUAGGCCAUGGGAUGCCACGAGAUGUUCCAGAUCCUCAAGAUAUUAAAGUAGAUGAGGAGGUAUUCCAGGAAGAUAGAAGGGUCGUUCCUGAUGAACGUUGUCCUGUAAACAAGACACAUUACCUUCUUCCACAUGACUACGAUUGCACCAAGUUUUACUAUUGUGAAUACGGUCUCAGAUGGAUUGCACCAAGAGACUGUGCUUCUGGCACUGAAUUUUCUGCUGAAUUACAAGUUUGCAUUCAUCCAACAUUGGCGAAUUGUACUCUUCCUGGAUCUCCUACACCGCCAGACGAUUCAACCACUACAACAAUAACAUGUCCACCUGCAAGCACAACAACUACUUCGACAACAACUCCUUCAACAAUAUGUCCACCAACAACUACUCCUUCAACAACAACAAUCACUACACCAUCAACAACAACAACCACAACACCAUCAACAACAACAACAACUCCAUCAACAACCACAACAGCUCCUACAACAACAACAACUCCAUCAACAACGACAACAGCUCCUACAACAAUAAGCCCACCAGCAACAACUACAACAACAACACCUUCAACAAUAUGUCCACCAGCAACAACAACUUCAUCACCAACAACACCGACAACAACAACAACCGCACGGCCACCUUGUGGUGGUCAAGGAACACUACCAAACGGUUGCCCCGCAGACUUCACCAUACACCAGUUGUUGCCGCACGAAAAUAACUGCUCCAAGUUUUAUUAUUGCUUGAGAGGAGAACUUCUAGAGCGGGAAUGUAAACCAGGAACACAUUUCAAUGCGCAGUUACAGGUUUGCGAUUUGCCGAUAAACGCUGGUUGUGACCCUAACGUUGGAGGAGGAUGCGAUUGCGGUGAUGGCGAAAAUGGUGGUGGCGGAGGUGGAGGUGAAGGAGGAGAUGGUGGGGAUGGAGAAAGUGGUGGUGAUCUAGACGAAACUGAACUCCUGCCUAACGGUUGCCCCGCUGACUUCUCCGUCCACAAACUACUGCCGCAUAAAUGCGACUGUACGAAAUUCUUUUAUUGCAUUCGUGGUGAAAAGGUUGAACACUCCUGUCCAUCUGGAUUGCACUUCAGUCCUACGCUACAGGUUUGCACUUUCCCUGCGGACGCUGGCUGUGAUAAUAAUGGUGGCGAGGGCGGAGAUAGCGGUGGUGGCGAUGGCGGAGAUGGCGGCGGUGGCGAUGGCGAUGGCGGAGACGGCGGUGGUGGCGAUGGUGAUGGCGAAGGAGACGGUGGCAAUGGUAACAACAGGUGCGAGACUGAUUGCAAUGUAGCGCCAUGGCCUCACAACACCGAUUGCGACAAAUUCUGGAGAUGCGACGGCAAAACAGCAGCAUUAGUUGUUUGUUCCGAAGGUUUACACUUCAACGCGAAAACACAAACAUGUGACUUCAUUUGCUACGCUAAUUGUGAAAGGAAAAGCAUUCAAGCGACUAAUCAUGAUUCCGGAUUGACGCUCUUCAUACCUUGGGACAGAGUUGACCAUAAUUGGGUCGGACAGUAUAUUGGCCAUCUCUGA